CGCGUGCUGGGCUGAGUGAGGAGGGGCGGGGCCCGGGCCGGGGGCUGGGAGGGACUUGGGUGGCAAGGCAGGCGUUAGAGCUGCCCCCCCGGAGAGUGUCCAAGGCUCCAGGGGGUAUCGGGGCCCAGGCCUGGUGGUGGGGCCGACCAGGACCGAAGCGGGGUGGACGGUUAGAGGGGGCUUCUGUGUCCGGGGAGGGGGUUAGGGCGUGAGAAAAGAGGUAAUUAAGUUAACAUAAAGAGAUAAACCUGGGUAAGCCUGGAAGGCAUUAGACCAGUGAGAGGGGCUUGGUGUGAAAAGGUAUUAGCAAAUGAAUAUCGCUGGAGGGAGGAUUUGGAGCUGAGGCAGAGGUCUGGGUAUUGAGAACGGGGGUUGCAUUAAUGUGAAGGGAGUUCGGGGGGAGGGGGCCUACCGUUGGAAUGGGUCGAGAGGAGUCUCUGUGCAAAGGGUUAUGUUAUGUGAAGAGGGUGUCUGGGUGUCCCUAGGAUAGGUUGGGUAGAGGUAAUGUUUUUGAAAAGUACAGGGAAUUAGGUCAAGGUGAAGAGUGGUAAUUGGGUAUCCCUGGAGAAGGUUAGCGGGGUGGACAGGUCCAAGUACUAAGUGGGCGAAGGUCUUGGUAUCGCUGGAAUGAGAAUGAGCUGUUAGGCUGACAAGAAGUUGGGGGUUUGGGUAUCCUCAGGGUAAUAUGCUGGUGAGAGGGGUCUGGGUGUGAGAAAGAGGGGUCUGGCUAUCCUCUGUCUAGCUUGGGGGGGUGGAGGGGUUCAGUAUAAGAAGAAGGUAGUGUCUGGGUGUUCCUAAAGGGGAUUUGGGGCAGGGCAGGGUGGCAUAUGUGUGAAAGUUUAAGCCUUUGUGAAGGGUAGUCUGGAUCUCCCUGGAUUGGGUUAGAGCAUGUGCUGGGAUCUUUUUGCAAAGGAGAGAAACUAAGUUGUUAGGAAGAGGGCGUCUCAGCACCCCUGAAAUGGGUUAGAGCGGGGUUGGGUCUUUCUGCAAGGAAGAGGGGUUUAUGCUGCUAUGAAGAGGGGAUCUGGGGAAUCCCUAGAAUGGGCUAGGGUGGGAACAGGUCAUUUUGCAAAGAAGAAAAGCUUAGGUAUUUUAGUAAUGGAAAGGGGGUCUGGACGUCCCUGGGCAUGGGUUAGGCACAGAGGUUUGUAAGGAAGGGUUUAAGGUGAUGUGAAGACCAUGUCUGGGCAUCCCUAAAAUGGGUUAGGCUGGGUCAUUUUGUAAAGAAGAGGGGCUGAGGUUGAUAUGAAGAGGCACCUAGGGCAUCCCUAUAGUGGUUGGGGUAGAAGAGGGGAUCUGGGUACCACAGGGGGGAUUAGAAUUAGGUGAGGUCUCAGUGUAAAGAAUAAGUAAUUAUCGUGAAGAGUGAGACAUGAGUUGGGGUGACGGGUAGAAUAUAGGUAUGAAGAAAGGGUUAGGCUUUUGUGAAGUGGGGAUGGGUAUUCUGGAUAGGGGGUUAGGGCUGUGGGAGAGGGCUUUGAUUUGUAGAGAGGUAAGCACUUUGAAAAGGGGGAUCUGGGUAUCAUGGACAAGUGGUCUAGGAGGGGAAAGUGUAGGUAUAGUGAUGGGUUAGGCCAGCAUGAGACAAGUUGGUUGAGGGAAGGGCAAGUUUGAUGUGAGGGAUCUGGGCACCAGAGGGAAAGACAGUGUAUAACAGGCAUACGUAAAGGAGAGGGGUUGUACCAUGUGAGGGUGCAGAAAGUGGCGGGGCCUUGGGGCAGUUUGAGUCCUCUGGUGUAAAAAGAUGUCUGGAACCUGGCGGAGGGAACAGAGGAGGAGGGAGGCUGGGAGAAGUGGCGGCGGUUAGGGCCUGUGAGGACUCCCCCAGGCACCCGGGAGCAGGAAUGGGGCAGGGAGUUGGGAAGGAGAGGAAGUCAGCGGAAGGGGGCUCGAAUGGAGAGGACACAGGUUCCUUGUGAUGCGUGUGGCUGUGGGCCAGCUGAGAGGCAUGGGAGGUGAGGGGUUGGACAGGUUACGAGCAUCUGGUGGGUGGAGUUUGAUGUGCAUCGAUUCAGAGCCCAGGGCCUCGCUGCCGCCAUGACCGAGGAGUCCGAGGAGACGGUCCUGUACAUCGAGCACCGCUAUGUCUGCUCUGAGUGCAACCAGCUGUACGGGUCCCUGGAGGAGGUGCUCGUGCACCAGAACUCCCACGUGCCCCAGCAGCACUUCGAGCUGGUGGGCGUGGCCGAGCCUGGAGUCACGGUGGCCACAGAGGCAGCUUCCGGCACGGGCCUCUACCAGACCCUGGUGCAGGAGAGCCAGUACCAGUGCCUGGAGUGCGGGCAGCUCCUCCUGUCCCCUAGCCAGCUCCUGGAGCACCAGGAGCUGCAUCUGAAGAUGAUGGCUCCCCAGGAGGCGGUGGCGGCCGAGCCACCAGCCAAGGCGCCUGCGCUCAGCUCCAGUACCAUCCACUACGAGUGUGUGGACUGCAAGGCUCUCUUCGCCAGCCAGGAGCUCUGGCUGAGCCACCGGCAGACGCACCUCCGGGGCACUCCCGCCAAGCCUGCGGCCCCCGUGAUCCUGGGGUCCCCAGUGGUCCUGGGGCCCCCUGUGGGCCAGGCCCGUGUGGCUGUGGAGCACUCCUACCGCAAGGCAGAGGAGGGUGGGGAAGGGGCAGCUGUCCCUGCCGCCGCCGCCGCCGCCACCACUGAGGUGGUCACCGAGGUGGAGCUGCUCCUCUACAAGUGCUCCGAAUGCUCCCAGCUCUUCCAGCUUCCGGCCGACUUCCUGGAGCACCAGGCCACCCACUUCCCUGCCCCGGUCCCCGAGUCGGAGGAGCCUGCCUUGCAGCAGGAGACCCUGACUCCGUCACCUGCGGAGGUGCCUGUGUCCCAGCCCGAUCCCCUGCCAUCCUCUGACCACAGUUACGAGUUGCGCAAUGGUGAAGCCGUUGGGCGUGAUCGCCGGGGGCGCAAGGCCCGGAGGAACAACAGCGGAGAGCCAGGCGGGACGGCCACCCAGGAGCUCUUUUGCUCCGCGUGCGACCAGCUCUUUCUGUCACCUCACCAGCUACAGCAGCAUCUGCGCAGUCACCGGGAGGGCGUCUUUAAGUGUCCCCUGUGCAGUCGCGUCUUCCCCAGCCCUUCCAGUCUAGACCAGCACCUCGGAGACCACAGCAGCGAGUCUCACUUCCUGUGCGUGGACUGCGGCCUGGCCUUUGGCACAGAGGCCCUGCUCCUGGCCCACCGGCGAGCCCACACCCCGAAUCCUCUGCACUCGUGUCCGUGCGGAAAGACCUUUGUUAACCUCACCAAGUUCCUGUAUCAUCGGCGUACACACGGGGCGGGGGGCGUCCCCCUGCCCACCACACCGGUCCCCCCCGAGGAGCCGGUCAUUGGGCUCCCCGAGCCGGCCCCGGCAGAGACUGGAGAGUCCGAGGCGCCGGAGCCUCCUGUGGCCGAAGAGAGCUCAGCAGGGCCGGCUGCCUCGGGCACCUACCGCUGCCUGCUGUGCAGCCGCGAGUUCAGCAAGGCCUUGCAGCUGACGCGGCACCAGCGUUUCGUCCAUCGGCUGGAGCGGCGCCAUAAGUGCGGCAUCUGUGGCAAGAUGUUUAAGAAGAAGUCUCACGUGCGUAACCAUCUGCGCACGCACACGGGCGAGCGGCCCUUCCCCUGCCCGGACUGCUCCAAGCCCUUCAACUCGCCCGCCAACCUGGCCCGCCACCGGCUCACGCACACGGGGGAGCGGCCCUACCGCUGUGGGGACUGCGGCAAGGCUUUCACGCAGAGCUCCACACUGCGGCAGCACCGCCUGGUGCACGCGCAGCACUUCCCCUACCGCUGCCAGGAGUGCGGCGUGCGUUUUCACCGCCCCUACCGCCUGCUCAUGCACCGCUACCACCACACGGGCGAGUACCCCUACAAGUGUCGCGAGUGCCCCCGCUCCUUCCUGCUGCGACGGCUGCUGGAGGUGCACCAGCUCGUGGCCCAUGCCGGCCGCCAGCCGCACCGCUGCCCAUCCUGCGGGGCCGCCUUCCCUUCCUCGCUGCGGCUCCGCGAGCACCGCUGCGCUGCUGCUGCGGCCCAGGCCCCCCGGCGCUUCGAGUGUGGCACCUGCGGCAAGAAAGUGGGCUCGGCGGCCCGGCUGCAGGCGCAUGAGGCGGCCCAUGCGGCUGCUGGGCCGGGCGAGGUCCUGGCCAAGGAGCCCCCGGCCCCCCGGGCCCCCCGGGCCACUCGCGCGCCGGUUGCCCCCACCACCACCCUGGGGGGCGUGGCCCCCGCAGCCCCCACAGCCCCUGCCCGACGCCGGGGCCUGGAGUGUAGCGAGUGUAAGAAGCUGUUCAGCACAGAGACCUCACUGCAGGUGCACCGGCGCAUCCACACGGGGGAGCGGCCAUACCCGUGUCCGGACUGUGGCAAGGCCUUCCGGCAGAGCACCCACCUGAAGGACCACCGGCGCCUGCACACAGGCGAGCGGCCCUUUGCCUGCGAAGUGUGCGGCAAGGCCUUUGCCAUCUCCAUGCGCUUGGCAGAGCAUCGGCGCAUUCACACGGGGGAGCGGCCCUACUCCUGCCCUGACUGUGGCAAGAGCUACCGCUCCUUCUCCAACCUCUGGAAGCACCGCAAGACCCACCAGCAGCAGCAUCAGGCAGCCGUGCGGCAGCAGCUGGCCGAGGCCGAGGCCGCCGUCGGUCUGGCCGUCAUGGAGACUGCAGUGGAGGCGCUGCCCCUGGUGGAGGCCAUUGAGAUCUAUCCCCUGGCUGAGGCCGAGGGGGUCCAGAUCAGUGGCUGACCCUGCCCCCCUUUCCCUCUUCAGCACCACCAGGCCCUGUUGCUGAAGAACGUCCUCCAAUGUCCCCUUAAGUCUCUGUAGAUAUUGUACUCCUUCCUCUACCUCUCCCAGCCGCCAUGUAAGUUCUGUAACUGGAUUUAUUCUCUCUUCCGAGGAGGGAGCUCUGGGGCCCUUGAUAUGCAUAAAAGGCACCCCGCCCCACCCCCACCUUCCACCUGUUAGUGCUGGUGGCCCCCGACAUGAAACAGUCAAUAAAGACUGAAUUGGACAUUUA